AUGAGCACGCUGUCCAGCGCAGAGACGCGUUCGAUUGCCAAAGAGGCAUUCAUUUACGGAUGGCCGAUAUGCGAGAACUACAACACGCUCUAUGCUUACUCAGUGGAUGUUGACAACAAAGACUACAAGGCUCCUUUCAACACAAUCAGCAACACUGCUCGUGUAUUCACCCCAGACGACAAGGUCAUCGUGACGCCGAACUCUGAUACACCCUAUUCGUUUGCAUGGCUCGACUUGCGUGCAGAGCCUGUGGUAAUCCAAGUCCCAGUCAUUGAAAAGGAUCGCUAUUUCUCUUUCCAACUCAUUGACAUGUACACCCACAACUUCGACUAUCUGGGGACACGCUGUACAGGAAACCAGGGUGGUGUCUACAUGAUCAGUGGCCCUGGAUGGUUAGGGGGUGGUUACAGUGGUGACGGCAAACCUGCAAAAGUGGACAAAGUCAUUGCUUGUGAGACACCCUUCGCCCUGGCAAUCGUGCGCACGCAGCUCAAGGGGCCGGAGGAUUUGGAGAAUGUCAAGGCAAUUCAGGCAGGUUACAAAGUAGAGACCUUGAGUGCUUUUCUUGGCAAGCCUGGUCCUGAGCCCAAAGCACUCAACUGGCCUAAAUCUGACAAAACGGUGACCAUGUCAGUGGCCAUGUUUGAGAUCCUUGAUUUCAUGCUGUCAAACCUCCCAGUUCAUGAUAGCGAAACUCAACUUCGUGAUCGCUUCCUGAAAAUUGGCAUUGGCAGUGGAGGAUUUCAUCUCUCCAAGAUUUCUGAAGAAAUGCGAAGCGCUUUGGAGAUGGGUAUGCAAGAUGGCUGGGCAGAGUAUGAGAAGGUUAUCGAGAAGAGUUUCGCUUUGGGAACAAUGUCAAGCGGAGACCUUUUUGGCACACGGAGUUUCUUGAAAAAUGACUACAUCAAGAGGUUUGCAGGCGCAAAGCUAGGGAUUUACGGCAAUUCCCGGGAGGAGGCCUUUUACCCCUUGUACAAGCAGCUAGAUGGCCAAAUCUUGGAUGGUGCGAAGGCUUCUUACAAGAUGGUGCUGUCAAAAGUGGACCAAGAAAUUGCCACAGCAUUUUGGUCUCUCACCAUGUAUGAUGGUGUAAGCCAGCUCUUGGUGUCCAACCAACUGAACCGCUACUUGCUGAACAGUGCCAUGGUGCCCUCCAUGAAGACCUCUGAUGGCUCACUUACUCUGUACAUAUCUGCCGCCUCCCCAGGGAAAGACUUGGAAUCUAAUUGGCUGCCUGCUCCUGCUGGCCCCUUUUAUCUUGUCAUGCGGCUUUACCUGCCGAAGGCCGAAGCUUUUCAAGGCUGGCAGCAGCCAAAGUUGCUCUCUGCGAAGCCAUCGGGCGCUGCAGAUGUGCCAGCUGCAGCCCAAUGCCUUCAGAGACAUGGUGCACGGCUGGAUGAGAAGUUCAAGGCAAUAUCGGAUUUCAAUCGCAUGACCGAGCCCGCAAUUCUGCGCUGGCAGCAAGGUGUUUGCAUCGCCCGCGGUGCCAAGUGCUCAGAUGAGAUCCACAACUCGAGGCAACUCGCUUCACUGCUUCACCCUCGUGAGUCUGAGGUACAGCUCAGGACCACAGUUGCAGGCCUGGAUGGUGAUGAUUGGUUGGGCCAUAGAUUUCCCGACUGCCCCAUUGCUAGAGACCCUGUUGCCUCUUACGGCCUUGUGCAUCGCUUGGACCGUGAAACGUCAGGUAUGGUGAUGUGGGCGCCAACAUAUCAGAGCUACUAUGCUCUUCGCCUGGCGUUUGCAACAGAGCGAGUGCAGAAGGAGUAUCUGUGCUUGUGUGAUGGCUGGCUGCCGCAAGAGCCACGGCUACUUGAAGGUGGCAUUCAGAGGAUUCUGCCCAAGGAGCCAGGUGCUGGACGUCACACAAGCCAAGUCUCCUCAUGUGGUCGACGUGCGCGCACUGAGAUUCGAGAUGUGGCGCAUGCCUUGGGGCCUGGAGGUGAGGCUGUCAGCUUUGUCAAGGUGCGCAUCUACACAGGCCGCUUGCAUCAGAUCCGAGUUCACCUGAGCCACGAAGGGCAUCCGCUGGUUGGGGACGGAACCUAUGGUGGCAGCUGCCCUUCCUGGGUGCCUCGAAUCUUCUUGCAUGCUGCCAAGUUGGUUCUCUUACCUGAUGCACCUGAUGCAGACCCAAUGUCACAAGACUCGCCCAGUGCGCUGCAAGCAGAGCUCCCCCUUCCUAAGGCACGGGCGAUGAAUGCCAACUCCUGCAGAGAAAUCCCUGAACUUCGGAUUCCCAAAGCCUCACAGAUCUGA